AAAAACUGGAGAUUUUCAUCCAUAUCCAGAUGCAUUAAAAUCUGGAACAGUUUUGGCUCUAAUCAAUGAAACCAUGAAUAUAGAAGAAUUCAAGGAGUAUCAACAAAAUCAGAGCUUAUUAAAAGAAGAAAAGAAAAUUUUAAGAGAAAAGCUUAUGCUUCAAAAGAAGAAAGAAAAAGAAAAAAUUAAGAAAGAAAAACUUAAGGAGAAGAAGAGACAAAAGAAAAUGAGAGAUGCGGGAAUUUAUGACAUUGGACAGGAAUUUCAAACCAACAAGGACAUUGAAAAAAUAGAAAACACCAUCUCGCAAUUUUCAAUUGAUUGGAAAAAUGUUGACGAAUACUUGAAUAAGCAACACAAUUGUAUCAAAGAAUGGGUCACAGAAAACGAACUUGUAAUUAUUCAUAAAGAGUUACGAAGUCUAGUUGAUGAAUAUAUGAGGAUCGAAUAUGACUUACUCAAGAAUGCAUGGAGUGCCGAUAACAAAAAAAAAUACAAAUCAUCAAUGCCAAAAAAAUUAAAUGAAAAAAAAAUUAAGGCAACUAAUUAUUUGACAGCGGAUCGUACCAUUGAAUCUUUAUACGAGGAGCUUAGAAGAUCAGAAAUAAUUGAAAAUUAUCAAAACAAAUAUUUUGAGGAUUUUUUAGGAGAUUUCAACAUUUUGGCAGAUGAUUUGAGAAAUGAAGAUCACAUGGUUACGCUAGGUCCUUCUAAAGCUGAUAUUAAGUUGGCAAUUCAAGACAUCAUGUUUGGAAUGGGAUCAUUGAAUGUGGAAAAGCCAAAAGCCAUAUGUUUAGUUGGACCAGAAAAUAAUGGAAAAAAACUACUGUGCAACAUAAUAGCUUCAGAACUAGGUGCUGUGUUUAUUAAUUUAAGUCCCGAGAAAACUUACCAGUUUAGCGAAAAUCUUAAAUACUUUAUUCACGUUGUAAUGAAAGUUGCUAAAGCCUUGCAGCCAACAAUAAUUUACAUACAAGAUGCUCACAGAAUAUUUUGGAAAAAAAUUCCAAAAGAUCAAAAGAAAAUUAAACCAACUCUGCUGAAGGGAGUGUUAGUUAAAAAUGUACUAAAAUGUAUUGGAAAGGAAGACAAAAUAAUGUUGGUGGGAACAAGCUGUUUACCUUGGAGCGCUAAUUCAAUGUUUAAAAAGGUGUUUGAAAACAUGCUGCUAAUUCCUGAGUCGGAUUACGGGACAAUUUUUUUAAUGUGGCUUGAACUUAUAACACAAAAUAUUCCCAGUGAUUAUUUCGAAGAUUUUAUUUUAUCGGUUUUAGCUAAAGUAUUUAAGAGAUAUCAUGCAAGCGAUAUCACUGUUAAUGUGGCAAAUACUCUAAAGCUUGAAAGGCGUUUGCAAUUACAUUUGAAUGCAUUGUAUCCCAGUGAGUUUUUAGAGUACUUUAUUUCGCGGUCGUAUCCAUUAUUCCCUCUUGAAGAAAAGGUGUUUGAAAAAUACAGAAACUGGUAUAAUAGAUCGAAUAAAUUUGGCAAAUUAAAAUUAUUACAAGAAGCGAAAAAUAAAAAAUAGUUCCAUUAUAACAUUUAGUUAAUUUCGACUUUUAUACAUCCACAAUG